AUGGCUAGGGAUACUCGCUCACCAUCGCCUGUAGGCAGCACCCACUCGUUCAAACGAAGCCGCAGGGAUGAGGACCGGAAUGAUAGAAGUCGGUGGGAUGAGGUGAAGGGACAUCGGAGGUCACGAAGUCCUGAUAGGCGAUAUCGUGACCGCGAUCGGGAGAGAAAUUCUUAUCGAAGACGAGACCGUUCGCGCGAUGAUCGCCGGGACGACUGCCGGGACGAAGACUCGUAUCGCCCCACUAAAAGAGACCAUUCCAGAACUGGAUAUCGAUCCCGUGAUCGAGACGACGAUAGAGACUAUCGUCAGAGAAGUCGCGACAGAGAACGUCGAAGCAGGCGAGAUGAUUCCCGUGACCGGGCCCGGAGAAGACGGGGCGACUCUCCUGAUUCCAGGCGUGAUUCUAAACGAGACGAUAGCAGAGAACGAGUUUUAAACAAGGGUUCUGGCAUCAAAUCCCAAGAGACCUCGAAACCCUCUACGCCAGCGCCUACUCCUGCACAAACCGACGAGGAAAAAAAGGCUGAAAGGAGAGCGAAGUUUCAAGCUUGGAAAGAAAAAGUCGCAGCAGAGCGAGAGCGGAAAGAAAAGGAACUUGCAGCUUCAGGUGGAGCGAGGAGUAUUCUUGAUGAGAUUGAUAAAAAGAUCUCAUUGCCUCAAAGGGUCGCAUCUCCCGAUGCUGCAACAAUCUCUCCCACGGCUGAACCUGCACCUACCCCAUAUGCUGGAAAAUUUGAUCCUAAGGCAAUUGCAAAAAAGGCUGCUGCAUCAUCUACAGAACCGUCGCUGUUGGGCAAGGACAUAGCCAUCCCAAGUAUCUCUACGUCCUCUGCACCAUUCACUCAUCCGAUUGCCGCGAGCAAGGCCAACGAAUCUUCUGUUUCUGCAAGUGCUACCCCUUCAGCAACAUCACUGAAAGCCAGAGGAACCAUAAGUGGCUUUGGCCUAGGUGUUAAACCGGUCUCAGAAACAGACAAAACUUCUUCUAAGAGAGCUUUGGAUUUUGGUGAAGAGGAAUCAACACAGCGGAAACUGGCAAAGCUUCCCGAUACUCCGUUGGAAGAUGUAAACGAGCAAAAUUCCAUCGGGGCAGUCGAUGGCGCUGAUGAAGAUGAUGACGAUGUUGAUAUCCACGAUGGUGGAACGGAGGAAGAGAAUGCUGCCGCCGCAAGAGCAGCCGCAGAAAAGCGAGAGGAACGACUGCAAAGCCAAGGCCUUGUGCGGCAGGUUCAGCUCGAUGUUCUACCUGAAGGUGCGGCCUCUAACGGUCCCAAUGGCGAUGUUGCCAUGCCAGAUGCUGCUGGAGACACUGCCCCUCCUGUCGCGAUGGACGUGGAGGAAGAAGAAGAAGAAGAAGAAGAAGAAGCUGACCCACUAGAUGCAUUCAUGUCUGGUCUUACCGAAUCUGACCCGACUCAAAAUGGCCGCAGCGGGGCGAAAUUCUCCAAAUCAAAACAACAACCUGAAGCAAUAUUUGGAGACGAAGAUGAUGUAGAUAUGAACGCUAUUGAUCCCGAAGCAGAUGAUUUCCUAGCAAUUACCAGCAAAGCAAGGAAAAAGAAAGAUUUACCGCUGGUGAACCAUGAAAAGAUGAAUUACGAACCGUUCCGUAAAGCAUUUUAUGCUGAGCCGGUUGAUUUAGCGGGGCUUACGGAAGAGGAAGUCGCAGCUUUGAGAUUGGAGCUUGAUGGGAUAAAAGUACGUGGAGUUGAUGUCCCGAAACCCGUGCAGAAAUGGUCCCAAUGUGGACUGGGAGUCCAGACACUAGAUGUCAUUCGGAAACUUAACUACGAAAACCCAACGUCAAUUCAAUCUCAAGCAAUUCCUGCAAUCAUGUCAGGAAGAGAUGUGAUAGGAGUGGCCAAAACCGGGUCUGGCAAGACUAUCGCAUUUCUGCUCCCCAUGUUCCGACAUAUCAAAGAUCAACGGCCCCUAGAAAACAUGGAAGGUCCAAUAGGGCUGAUAAUGACCCCAACACGGGAAUUGGCAACUCAAAUUCAUAAGGAAUGCAAACCUUUCCUAAAGGCGUUGAAUCUUCGAGCGGUUUGUGCAUAUGGAGGAGCCCCGAUCAAGGAUCAAAUCGCUGAAUUAAAACGGGGGGCGGAAAUUAUCGUCUGCACGCCUGGAAGAAUGAUUGAUCUUCUCGCUGCAAAUGCUGGGCGUGUAACGAAUUUGCGGAGGGUGACAUAUGUGGUGUUGGAUGAGGCGGAUCGAAUGUUUGACAUGGGCUUUGAGCCGCAGGUGAUGAAGAUCCUGGGAAAUGUCCGGCCACAGAGACAAACGGUUUUGUUCUCAGCCACCUUCCCGCGCAACAUGGAAGCGCUUGCUCGAAAGACGUUAACCAAACCAGUGGAAAUUGUCGUUGGCGGAAGAAGCGUUGUUGCGCCAGAAAUCACACAGAUUGUAGAAGUCCGCAAUGAAGAUACUAAAUUUGUGCGACUCUUAGCUCUACUCGGUGACCUUUACGCAGAUGACAACAACGAGGACGCUCGUACUUUGAUCUUCGUUGAUCGGCAGGAAGCGGCGGAUGGUCUGCUCCGCGACCUUAUGCACAAGGGUUACCCGUGCAUGUCUAUCCAUGGAGGUAAAGAUCAAGUUGAUCGGGACUCCACAAUAGCUGACUUCAAGGCUGGUGUAUUUCCUAUACUUAUUGCGACCUCAGUUGCGGCUCGCGGUCUCGAUGUAAAACAAUUGAAACUUGUCAUAAACUACGACGCUCCCAACCAUCUGGAGGACUACGUUCACCGGGCUGGCCGAACUGGGAGGGCGGGCAACACUGGAACUGCAGUGACGUUUUUGACUGAAGUCCAGGAACGAUAUUCGGUAGAUAUAUCCAAAGCAUUGAAACAGAGCGGCCAACCAGUGCCUGAAGCCGUACAAAAAAUGGUCAAUUCGUUUAUCGAAAAGGUCAAAGCAGGAAAAGAGAAGGCAAGUGGCUCUGGGUUUGGUGGGAAGGGACUAGAGCGUCUCGACCAGGAACGUGAUGCAGCUCGAAACCGUGAACGGAAAACGUACAAAACUGGUGAAGAAGGUGAAGAAGAGGAAAAAGAGGAUAAGAAGGAUAAGAAAGAAGAUAUAUUUUCCAAGGCGGCCUCUGCCGUCCAAGCUGCAUCCAUUCCGGCACCAACACCAGGCGUUCCCAAGGGGAUUGAUCUGGAUGGCAAGAUCACGGUUCACAAAACCGAAAAGCCUACUACGUGCUCUUCAAAUAAUCCUCUCGACAAAGUUGGCUCCGCGGUGGCCGAUAUCCAUGCUCGGUUGAACAAGGCUGGCGUCAUGCGGUCCGGUGUACCCAUCGACAAUAAGGGUCCUGAUGCUGGAGCGUUCCACGCCACCCUAGAAAUCAACGACUUUCCGCAGAAAGCAAGAUGGGCCGUCACCAACCGAACGAAUGUUGCGAAAAUCCUCGAGGCCACAGGGACGUCAAUCACAACUAAAGGCAGCUUUUACCCAGCAGGCAAAGAGCCUCAGCCGGGCGAGAACCCCAAGCUAUACAUUCUUGUUGAAGGAGACACAGAAUUGGUUGUUACCAAUGCAAUGCGGGAACUCAUGCGCCUUUUAAAAGAAGGAACUAUUGCUGCUGCAGACAGUGAAGCUAGAGCUCCGGCCAGCGGCAGGUAUAAUGUUGUGUAG